CGUUUGAGAAAUUUUCUGUUUUUGAAAAAUUGUAAGUUUUAUUCAACUGAUAAGAAAUUUAUGGAUCUGAAAACUGAUGAAAAAACUAGAAUAAGCACUCUUUUGCUGCAGAAACUGCCUGUAAAUAGUUUCUGUACGCCAUUUUUAGCCGAAUUGGGAAAUCUUUUCGAUGAGCUAGAAGCUGGUAAAUCGACGAAAGGAUUGAUAAUAACUUCGAAUAUCCCUGAUAUUUAUUCGGCUGGACUGGAUUUGAUGGAAUUUUAUCAAACUGAUAAGGAAAGAUUGGAAACGUUUUUGAUCACUUUACACAAUACCUGGCUGAAAAUUUACACUUCAUCUUUUCCCACGGUCGCCGUCAUAAAUGGUCAUGCCGUAGCUGGCGGUUGCUUACUUGCAAUGAGUUGCGAAUACAGAGUAAUGGUAGGUCCAAAUUACACCAUUGGUUUGAACGAGGCCAAAAUUAGUAUAAGUGCUCCAUUUUGGUGUAUAGACAUUAUGAAGACUUUAAUAGGUGAUAGGAAGACUGAAAGUGCCGUUUUCUCAGCUGAAAUGUUUCCUGCUGAAAAAGCUCUGUCAAUUGGAUUAGUCGAUAAAGUUGUUCAAAAUGUGCCCGAUGCACUUAACGAAGCCAAUUCCUAUUUGCAAAAUGCCAUAUCACUCAAUCCUGACGUUCGAGCAAAAAUGAAACGAGAUUGUAGAAGAGAUGUCGUCGAGAAAUUUCAAAAGGGUAGAAAGGAGGAUCUGAAAUUUAUUUUACGAAGCUUUUUGCAGCGACAGAAUCAAGAAAAGUUCAGAGUUUAUUUGGAGUCCAUGCAGAAGAAGAAAAAAGAAUCACGAUUGUGAUAAAAUCGAACGUGUUCAUUAAUUAUGUAAAUUCAGCCUAAUAUCAUUUUGUUGAUUUAUAUAAUAUGAUCUAUACCUACAUUGAUUUUUUAU